AUGGAGGUCCAGACGCCCAGCAAGAAAGGUGAGUACAUAGAUCAUCUGCUUCGAGACAUGGCUUCCAAUAAGGGGAAGUUAAAGAGGAAGGACAUAAUGAAUAAAAUCGAGUACUACGUAGGGAUAUUAACAAAUAUAAAUUUGAAACUUGUUCACAAUAAGAAUUACCAAGUGGUGCAUCUAGUGCUGGAGGUUCUGUUGACAAAUGAGGUGCAUCUAGAACCCAUGAUUUUGGACAAAAUUUUGGCUUGCCUGAACCUGAAGCAGAUUUUGCAGAAGGAUGCAAAGGUGAAAAUUAGAAAUAUUAACAACAUUUUGCUCCUCAUUAGUCGGAAGAGCAGGAACAACUUGAACGCGACUAAUUUGUUUAACCUGCUCUUCGAUGCUGUGGCGCUGUUGCUGGAGGCCUUUUGCGAGGAGGACAUUUACAGUGUCUCCCGGCGGGUGGACUACACGCUGGGAGGGGGCAAGAAGCAGCAGCGUGAGGAAAGCGAGGAAGAGGAAGAAGCCGAGGAGGAAGAAGGCGAUGAAGCAGAGGGCGUGAACGAGGAAGACACAGAUGACACAGGUGACGACCCUCCCAGUGAACCUCUCACCGAUGCGCUUCAAACCCGAAAGCCCAAACGUGCAAACGAGGAGCCAAUCACCCCAAGAGAGGGCUGCAUCGAAUCGGUCAGUGAACCCCAGGAUGGUGACACCUCAGAAGGGAUUGCCAAAGAUGCCGCUAACCACGCCAACGAUGCGAAGAAGAGAAAAAAAGCGGACUGGUCGGAGCAGUGGGACGACUCCCCCGAAGACAAGCACCAGAACGUAGCGCGGAUAGACGACUACGUGGUGCACGUGAACAGUCUGUUCAGUCUCUACUUCAAGAAUUACAAACCUAUGUUAAACGAUGUGAAGAUAUAUGCGUUUUAUAGCAAUCUAUUCGGAUUGUAUACCUACGUGUAUGACUACAUAGGGUACGUGGAAGAGUUAGCAGAGAGAUGUCAAACGAAUGAAGAGAGUUCCUCUUGCCACUUCAAUUCAGUGCUGAAAAAUCUCUUAACUCUGAAGGGUCUAAUAAAGAAACAGAUCACCACGAGCCUGGAUAACAUAACGAAAGGGUAUUUUAAAAAUGUGUAUGGAUCCUACUUGGCCAGCAAGGAAGAGCUAAAAGUGAAUUACUCAUUUUUCCUUUUCCAGGAGAAUGAAAGGAUUUUGGAGGUCAUGUACAUUCUGCUCAAUAAAGUGUCAAAUGAGAAACCCAGCUUCCGGUUCGAUCCUCAUGGGGACAAAUUGAUCUGCCCAUCGGUCACUCUGCAUAAGAGUAAAAGAGACAAACUGAUUUACUUCUUUAAGGAUGACUAUACUUCCAAUGAGAAGCAUCCCUUUUUGGGGAUUACUAAAAGGAGGGGGUGCUUUAAAGCCUUGGGUACUAUCAUCAAAUGGCUUCUCCUGAAACAGGCUACUGCCAAUUUGGCACAUGUGCAGACCUACUUCACCCUCUUCCUGUUAAUCCCCCAUUUUGAGUUGACCAUAUAUGGUAAGAACGUCAAAGGGGAGUAUGCCAAAUUGUUUAACUUUGCCACGUCAAGGAAGGGGGACACUCUCCGUGAGGUUAAUUCCUCCGUGGUAGACUCUGACGCAGAGCCAUCACUAGAUAUGAAGCCUCUUGGAGAACCCAAAGUGACGAUCCACAGAAACGCUGCUAGCUACUUCAAGUCUGUGCAGAUAAAAAUCGCACACACGAUGUGCCGCUUUGAAGAGGAUCUUCAUCUGAAUGAUCCCCAGAAGAGGUACAACAAUGUGCACAUCUUAGUAGAGUACUCAAAACUGAUUUACCGAUUUUUAAGGUACCUAAAUGGAAGGAGCAAUAUAAGAAAAGACACAUUCCUGUUUGUGAAUAUGGCAUACUUGGUGAAGUAUAAAUUUGACUGCUUAACGAAUGCUUACUUCGAAUUAAUGAGGGAAUCGAAGAGUGCGCUGCGGGAGUGCACUGCGGGGGGGGCUGCUCCUCUGCCGUCCACUCAGCAAUCUAGUCAGCAAUCUACUAAGCUGUCUACUCACCCCUCACACAGCUUCUCCCGCGAAAGAAUCUACAUCGGUGGGAAACCCCAUUUGUUACUGUACGAUAAGAAGUUCAGGAAUAUAUUCUGCACGUACCCACGUGGGAGAGCUCCCCAAUCGGAAGUGACCACACUAGACAAAGCCAACCGGAGUGAUCGUGGAGAAGACCCAAUUCGCCUGCUUCUCCUCCAACAGCGAAACGGAAAAAAGAAGAAAGAAAAGAAACAAAUGAUGGUCUAUUUGAACUACUUAAUAUACGUCAACCAGAUGAACCUCAUAACGGUGAUUCAUUUUGAUGUCACCCUGAGGACACUGAUCUUCUCGACGCUGUUCAAUUUCGCGAAAGGGAUCACCUCCAGCGGGAGGUACAGCCAGAGCAGCACGGGAAACCUCAACAUCGUCACUUCUUAUCACGUCAAUCCUCUCCAUGUUAACCACUUCGGGAGCCACCUACUGAGGACGGUGAUGACAAAGUACGUCGACAUAUUUGGGGUGAAGGGGCUCUUUAAAUUUCUGCACUACUACAUCGUUGGAAAUGUGAAUGCACAUGAGGAUCAUUCCAUGAGGAGCAUUCAUUUUUUGCAAAACUGCGUCGUAAUAGAGGUGUUUAAAAGGAGCGUGAAUAUAUGGGUCGACCAGGCGUCUACCAUUUUGGAGUACCUCAUCGAGGUGUACACUUACCACGUGUCUAAGCUUAGCCAAACGGUAGAAGCUAUAUUACAGUUAAGAGAGGGUGGAGGGGAAAAUGCUCGUAACGUUAUGGUUAGCAGCUCUCAACCGCACAGAUGGAAUCCCAUUGCCAGCUAUCCAUCGAUUGUCCAAAACGUAGAAACGUUAGAGUACAUAAUCUGCUCCUUCUUGAAGUCCAUUCCGAAGAAGAACAUAACUGAAGGGUUGCUCCCUCACGUGAAAGAAAUUGCAACUAUCCAUUUGACGAAGCUGAAGAGUGAAGUGACAUUUUAUGACAGAUUAGGCAAGGGCAAUUUUUCCGACACGAAGUUUGCUUACUCGGCCUGCAAAUUUUAUGUACUAUACUUUUUCAAUUAUAGCUUAUCCAGAGUGGCUAUGUAUUCGCUGCUCCAUAGGGAAGUAAAAACCGAUAAGCUACUGUCUCAUCCGUCUAUGCAGCACAUCGUUGCGAUGCUUCUGACCUCUUUCCCCACCGUCGAACCGAUGUUUGACCAAUGCGUUAGAGAGGACUGUUUACACGCCUUCUUCGACAUACUGCAGAUGAUUCUUCAGACGCUUUUUUUUUUCCUCUCCCUGGUGGAGCUGCGCGUCAUAGAUCUGGACCGCCUGGUCGAGCACCUCAAUCAAGUGCUCCGCGUCCUGAAGAAAAACGCCCUGGCGGAGUACCCCUACGCAGUGAAGAAAAAAAUCUCCAGACAGAUCGCCAACUUCUUCAUCUACAACCACGCAUUUCUAGUGACCACCUUCAGAGGAAGAGAACAAAUCGUCGAUACCAUUUACCAAGAAUUCACAAAAUUACUCUUCGUUGAUAUUGCCAUCAUGAAGAAUGAGCCGAAUUACGACUUCCUCUUUGACUACUUUUUCAUCAUAAGAGAAAACAAAACGGUUUGCAACUUACUGAAGGAGUUGUUCUCGUUGCACUUCAUUUUGAUGUUGGGAAAUUUGGACAAAGCUUCCCUUCGACAGAAGCGGGAAGGAGGGGGGAGGGGGAGAGGUUUCCAUGACGAAGGGGUGAUGCCUCCCCAAGAGGAGGCCUUUCUGUCCUCCCCCGUGCCCGCACUAGUUCGAAGGAACAGAACCCUCUCAAGUGAAAAUCACAAGUGGUACGAAAUGCUAAACUUGAAAAAAAAAUUAGAAUCCCCAAAUGGGAGCAGCCUGUGUAGGGGCUCAAUCGACCAAUUUGACGAAAACAGAAUGAUGAGUGUUUUUUCUCGCAGAAGGAAGAGUAACCUCUUCGUUUUGUCCCCACUCAGAAGUAAACUCAACAGGGAUACCCCAAAUCUCGACGUAUGCAUUUUAAGUAACAUUUUCCCCCUGUUCAAUGGCAUAGAAAAAGUGCAAGACAAUCUAUACACUCUUUUGUGCAAAAUCUGUGGCGAUUUCUCCAACUACAAUGUGUACCGUGAGCAUAUUCUGGCCAACAUUCUAAUCUGUUUCUGUGAAAACCUCGCUGGAGAGGAGAGCCCGAAGCUGGGUCUGAGGGACUUACUCCAUUUUGUAAAGUUAUCGUUCCAGUUGAUUCAGAAGCAGAAGGAGUACAUAACCAGUGGCAUCUUCAGGACAGACAAAAUCAUUCCUCUGUUGAAGCUGCUAUUUCACAUCUUCUUCCUCUACAUCAGCCAGUGGACUGACAACUCGUUUGCGCAGAGGGGAGCGCACAAGAAGACGCACGUUGAGCAAAGCGCCACCGACACGCAGAACCUUCCGAGGGAGCCACCCCAAGGAUCUUCAAAGAAGAAAAAAUCGAGGACAUCCCCUCAGAGGAAAUCCAGAAAGGUAGAAACCUGCUUCGUCUUUUUUAUUAAGUACUUUCUCCUUCUGUACGAAUUGGUCGUGUCGAAGGGGCAGGAAGAAGGAUCCACCGCUACCCUAAGUGAUGACCACGUGGCGUACUUGACCAAUCAUAUGCAUGGAGGGGGCAGCCCAAGAUUCGGCAGUGAGGAGGUGCACAGUGGCCCCAGCCACGGGGUCGAAGGGGACGACAUAGGUGCGAUGCUGACUAAAUUGAAAGAUUUCCUUCACAGGAUUUUAAGCAGCGGAGGGGACGCUACGAAGGGUGGAAGCACGAAUAGCGGCAGAAAUGGUAGCACUGAUGGCAUCACCAGUGGAAGCCGCGCCGCUAUCACCGCUACCACUGCCCGCAUUAACGCACUCUUCCUCGAUAUGAUCGAACACGUGUUCGUGUCCUUCCUGCUGAGACACAACUUCUGGGAGGAGCCAAACAGCGCAGCUGUCGUCCAGGUGGUGAACGCGCUGAGAGGACUCCAAGUGGAACACAUUCUCCGCACAGGGAAUGAGAAGUACACCACCUUCCCCUAUAGCAUCCUUGCUUUGAAGAUUUUUAACCUGGCAAACAGAAGUGGUGUAGGAAGUACCUCCAUUUCGAUAAGUCCUGACGGUGGAAAGCAUGUGGUGGCCGAAGCGAAAGGGGAGAAGUUAAUAGGGUUGACCCCCGCGGACAGACAAGCGAAGAAACGGGCCAAACGUUCCAGGAGGAAGGACCAAAUAGCUAUGGACGAGGGAAAUCUCAUCCUCUUUCUUAAACUGUUCCUACCAGAUAGGCGGCGGAAUGGCAUAUAUAAAGACAGAGAUUUAAGUGUCCCAUCGAACGGAGAAGUAAAGCUAACUUCUCUCCAACUGUACGAUUUUUUGUAUCACUACAACAGCGUAUUGGCAGAAUAUACCCAUGAGCAUUCACUACACAUCUGCAUAAAGUAUCAAAACGUGAUUAAGAAUAUUUGCACGCUGUUUAGCUAUUCCUCCGAUGACGUAAAGAACAUUUUGACUUACGUCCAAGGAGAGAUAAAUAUGAGGUACUCAAACGAAGAAGCAGAAGGUUGCCUCUACCAUUUCAACAUACACAUAAUAACAUUGAUUUAUGUCAUUUCGAACAGUCGGAAGUUUUGCUCAGAGAUAAUUCAUCAGAGCAGGAGACCAACCGACUCCUCUUCCUUUAUCAGUUUGUAUCUCCUACUUAUUCGACAUGUCCAGACGUACUUGGACGUUGAAGUGGUGAUGAGGAGAAGCUCCUCCGUCCUCUUCUUACUGCUUCACCUCGUGUACAAGAUGUCGCAGCUGUUCGUGUUCUUCUUCGUGCGCCUCAAGGCGGAAACGCGGGACGGGAGCUACUCCAACCUCCUCGGAUUCGUAAGCAACUACUGCAGUCUGCUAGUCAGGACGAUGGACUUACUGAAAAAUCGCAUACGAAGCAGCAACGACGGCGCUGUGUCAAGUCCGGGAAAAUUUUUCAUAACGCAUUUUUACAUCCUAAAUAACUGUGACCUCUUCGAGCGAAAGAAGUUUUACCUGUACCUGCUCAGCCACCAGCUCUUUGUCCUGUUAUACGAGUUCUUCAAUAUACAGAAAAACGAACUCGCGGUGAAGUCCAAAAGGACGCUAAUGGAAGUGGCCACGAAGGGAGGGUAUGCGAUCAACUUUUUCUGUUCCUACGUGGACUCCAUUUUGUAUCUCGACAGCAGAAUGAACAAACUACUCCUCAGGAACGCCAACUUCCUCGUCACCUUCCUGCGAAGCAACAAGGCUAGCCUGAACUUGCCCCCAAUAGCUUUCCCCAUUGUAAUCAAAAUUGUGGACAUGUAUGAAUUCAUUUCGAAGACGAGUUCCAUGGGAGAGGACGAAUACGAAGAGAGAAAAUUUCUCAAAGGCAUUUUUAAGACCACCUUGUCUCUACUAGAAAAUAGCUCGAUUCAGUUUUGUUACACAUCUCUAACAGAUCGGAAGAGGGAAAUAUUUAACGCCCUAUCCGAGUAG